AUGGAAAACCCUUUUGUUUUGAAAUAUAAGGAUGACCAACUAUUAGAACAUAUAUUGAUCAAUUUUAUAUAUAAAAAGAAGGGUUGUCUAAAAAAUAUUUUUAUUAACAAUGGAAAUGAGAAGGAUUUAUUUUUUGAACCAAAUAUAUUUCAUUAUAUAUAUAGUUAUUUAUUUAAAACGUCCAAAAUAAAAAAAAGAAGAAUUAAAAAAAAUGAUUCAUAUUUGUUGAGUAAUAAAAGAACAAAAAAAUUAUUAUAUUUAGAUUGUUCCAAAAAUAAUUACCAAAGGAAGAGAAACAUUCAUAUUGGAAAAGUAAAAAGAAGAGGAAUAUAUAAUAACAUCCCUUCAAGUUUUUAUAAAUUAUUUAGAAAUAAGAAAAAAAUGAAAUACAUUCAGUCUUUAUAUGUAAUAAUUAAAAAACUGUUUUUAAUCAUUAUGAAUAAAAAAGGAAAUUUUAAUCCUACCAUAAGAUAUCUUUUUUUGUUAAAAAAUUUGAUGAAUAUAUUUUAUAAAUAUUUUUCAAUAUAUAUAAUAAGAUGUGUUUACAUAAAAUAUAACAAUAAUAAUAAUAAUAAUAAUAAUAAUAAUAAUGAUAUUAUUAUUAAAAGUUAUAAUAGUUAUAGAAAGAAAUGCUCAAUAAAAAAUUUUUUGUUUUUAUAUUUUAAGAAUAUGAAGAGUCCUAUUAAAUUGACAGAUGAAUAUAUUUUUAUGAAAAAUUAUUUAUUAUUUAUAUUUAUUAUAAAUGAAAUGUUUUAUAUAUAUAUUUGGUUAUUAUAUGUAUGUUUACAUAAAUAUACAUAUGAUACCAAAAAAAUAUAUCUCCUCUUAAAAAUUAUAGGUGAUGAUAAUUAUGGUUCUUUCAUAUUUUCUUAUAAACAAAUAUGUACUUGUAAAAGAAAAAACACAAGAGAUAUUUCAUUUUUUUUAUUUUUAUUAAGAAAAAAUUAUAUGAAGGAGAGAAAAAAAUUAAAAUAUAAAAAUUAUAAACGUAUUAUUUGUUUUGCUUGGAUUUACAAAAUAAUCAAAAAUAUACACUUUUUCGUUAGUUUAUAUAAGGUUAUAUGUUAUGAAGAAGAGUAUACUGUUUCUCUUACAAUGUAUCGGAAAUAUAUAUUGCUACUUUUUAUUUUAAAGAUUUUUAAAAUAAUCAAAAUUUAUAGUUUCCAAAGUACUCAUCCUUUUUUUUUUACAACAGUCAAAAGGAAAGAUAUCUUAAAUAAUAAGAAUUAUAAUUAUUAUUAUAAUAAUAAGAGUAUGAUAAAAAGGAAAUAUUAUUUAAAGGUAUUACAUAUUUUUCAUAUAAUAUAUGAACAAUUUAUAUUUCUUCUUUCAAAAAAAAAAUUAUAUCUAUAUUUUGAGUUGUUUUUUAUUCUUAAUAGUAAACGUUAUAAUAAAAAGGAAGAAAAUAAAUCUUAUAGAUUUUCUCGUACUAUUAUAUAUAAUAUAAUAAAUAAUAAUAAUUAUUAUAAUUAUACAAAUGUUAAUAUUGUGAAUAGAACAUAUGAUAAAAAUAAUUUGAAGAAUAAACAAAAGAAGUAUACCAUACUUUUGUUAUAUUUAUAUUAUAAAAUAUACGAGCAUUUCCUUGAAUUAUACAAAAAAGAUAAUGAAUGGUAUCCAAAAAAAGAGAAAGACAAUUAUUAUAUUAUGAAAUGUAUGAAAUGUAUAAAAUGUAUAAAAUGUAUGAAAUGUAUAAAAUGUAUGAAAUGCAUAAAAUGUAUGAAAUAUAAAAAAAAUAUGUUCUUAUUAUCUCAAAAAAAUUCAUUUUUUGUACAUUUGAUUAAUAAAUAUUUUGUCUUAUUUAUAUUAUUAUAUUCGAUGAAUCGAAAAACUAAUAUUACACUACAUUUUAUAAAGACUUAUAUACAAAUCCUUUUUUUAAUAUCCCAAAGGAAGAAUUUAUUUGUACAAUUCUAUUUUUAUAAAAUAAAUUUGUUAACAUAUUUUUUAUAUUGCAUUAAUCAAAUUAUCAUAUCCAAACAAAAUAACUACCCUAAUUAUUGUAUUGAACUAAAAAAACAGACAAAGCAAAAUUAUAACAUUCUAGGGUUGUAUGAAAAAGAAAAAAAUAAUUCACAUAUUACAUAUGAUAAAAAAAGUACAACUUUAGGAAUACCUUCUUUGAAGUUAAAAAGGAUUCAAGAUAUGUUACAAAAAAAAAGUAAUGUAAAAGAAAAUAAUCAUAAAGUAUAUUAUUAUAAAAAUAAAAAAAAAAAGUUUUUUUUUUUAAAAACGAUUUUUAAAUGUACACAUUGUAUUUUCUCUUUUAAGAGGAAUAUCAUAUAUCCAACUUUAUUUUCUACCAAAAUGGUUGUCGAUUAUUUAAACAAAAAUGUAAGAGAAAAAAAAAAAAAAAAAAAAAAAAAAAAAUAUUAUACUCAUUAUAUUUUAAAUACAAGAAAAAAAAAAAUGAAAACUCCCUUGUGUAUGAACCAUUCCAACCUUCAUAUGAAUGAAGAAAAAAUCGUUUCAUCUUUUUUUUCUACACAAAUAAAUGAUGAUGUUAUAUUUGAAUGGAUUAUAUAUCUUAUAUUUUCUUUAAUAACAUCUUAUAAUAAAAAGGACGUCAAUUUUCUGUAUUUCAAUGAAAAUUAUUAUGAUGAUAAUUAUCAUAAUAACAUAUUAUAUAGUAAGUUAGAGAAAAAAUUAUUUACAUCACAAAAAUUAAAAAUAAUUAUAUAUAAACAUAUUAAAACAUUGCACGAUAAUUUCUCGUUUUUCAAAGAUUUCAAAAAGGUAGAAGAUGUAAACAUUAUGAACAUUGUACAAGCUUUUAUUUUUAUGAAUAAAAAAAUAAAAAAUAAGAUAAAAAACAGAAUUAAGAACAUAAUAAAUAAUAAAAGUAAUGUACAUUUACAUAUAUUAUAUAAUUUAUCCAUAAUUAUUUACAACAAAUCAAAAUUCUGCAAACAUUUUAUUAUUCAAAAAAAAGUAGGACAAGGGGCCUACGGGAAAAUAUAUCUAUGUCAUUAUCCUUCGAAUAUAAAAACAAAACAGAAUACCUGUGUUGUAAAAUUUAUAGAUAUUCCAGAAAAUAUGAACCAGAAUUAUAUAUUCAGAAAUAUAUAUAAUGAAAUAAAGGCACUAGUAAUUUUAAAUAAAGUAUAUAAUAAUAUAAAAAAUAAUAAGAUAGGUAAUUAUGGACUUAUAUUAAAUGAUGAUGAUAAGAAAUGUGAUUUCUCAUAUUACAUAUUAAUGCAUUAUUAUAUAUCUAGCUUAAAAGAAUUAAUAAAUAAACAACAUGAUAAUUAUAUGAAACAAUUAAAAAGGGUACAAUUAAAAAAUGUAGUUAAUGGAUUUGUAUCUUUCGAAAAUAUAAAUGAUAUAAAAAAAAAAGUAUAUUCUUUAUAUAUAAUCAAAAAAAAAAAAAAAAAAAAAAAAAAAUAUAUAUAUAUAUAUUUAUCUAAUAAUAAACCUUAUAUAUUUAAUAAAUCAUAUUUCUAUCAUAUAAACAUGUGUAAACACAAAUAUAGAAUCCUAUAUUAUCUUUUAUUAAAAAAAAUAUCCAAUAUAAAAUGUAUAAAAUAUACAUAUGUUUUAUUUAUUCUACACCUUUUUAUUCAAAUAAUGGACAAAUUGAAAAAUAUACAUAAAAAAGGAAUUGCUCAUUUUGACCUUAACACAAAUAAUAUUAUGAUAAAUUAUAAUAAGAAAUUUUUAUUAGAUUCUUUUAUUUCUACUAAUACAGAUUAUAUAUAUCAUCAUAAAGAUCAAAUGAUCAGGAAUAAACCUAUUCUUACCAUAAACAAUAUAAACAAGCAACAUAUGAAUCAUAUAUAUAAUGAACCAAUAAAAAAAUGUAAACAUGAUAAUCAACAUUUAUACGUACCUUCGAUUAAUAUAUACGAUUUUGGAGAAUGUAAAUUUUUUUUUAACAAUACUGAUUUUAUCUUUUUAAGAAAAAAUAGAGGAAAUGAAAUUUCUUCUGCACCUGAACUUUUGAUUAAUACUCAUAAAAAUAUAAAUAAAUAUAAAUCUAAUCCAUACCAUAACAAAAGAAUAAAGAUUAAGAAUAAAAUAAAUAAUAUAAUUCAAAAUAACAUAAAUCAUAUUAAGAAAUGUAAAAUAUUUAUUAAAUGUAAGGAAAAACAAAAAAGGAAAUUACUCUUUUAUGUCUUUUACAAACAAAAAAAAAAAAAAUCUACAUAUCCAUUUAAUUAUGUACAACAUUUAAUCUUUAAGAUGAAAACAAAAUUAAAAAAUUUAUAUAUUUUAAAAAAAAAAAAAAAAAAAAUCUUUUCGACUGAUAUAUGGUUACUUGGAUUAUUAUUAUAUGAAAUGAUAACAAAAAAACAAGUAUUCAAUCUAUCUAACUUUUUAUAUAUAAAAUUAUAUAAAAGAAAAGAUUUACUUAACAAUAUUAUAAAUAAUAAUAUAGAUCAACAUUUUAAGUAUAUAAAAGAUUUAUUAUAUAAUACAAUCAAUUUUAAUAUAAAAAACAGAAAAUCCUUAAACGAUUUAAGAAGACAAACAUAUGCCUUGUAUAAUUUAUACAUGAAUAUAUUAAGGAAGCACCAAACUGUAUUGCAAAUCUUAAAUCAAGUUGAAUAA